AUAUAUACAAUAAAAAGAAGAAAAAGAGAGAAACAUCCUACACCUGGUAGAAAAAGACAGCAGAGUGUUGUCCUGCAUUUUUAAAUUCAGCUUCAAUAUUGCUACAGAUCAAUGUAACAUUGGAUCAAUUCUUUUCUGUCUACAUAUAAGACAUGGAAGCUGUACAAAGGCUUGUCCGAUCAUUGAAGUCUGCAAGGUCAUAUGAACUUCCUGAAGAUCCCAACACAGCAUAUUACAUGCUUUUGACAUAUGUUAUGCAAAAUCAGCACAGAACGUUCAUCGAUUUACUUGGAACAAGUAACACAUUUGAUGUUAAUUUUGCUUCUGGAAAGGGAAAACGCACCCUCUUGCAUAUGGCAGCUAAUGUUGGAGCAUACGAAUGUUUGUGCCAUCUUUUAAAAAAAGGUGCUGUUCCUGAUGUGUCUGAUCGGCAAGGUAUAACACCUUUACAAGUCGCUGCAAGAAACGGGUACAUGCGCUGCAUAAUUAAACUUCUUGAAUGUGAUGCUGAUCUGCAAAUUAAAAACAAUGAGGGAAUGACAGCUAUUCACUGGCUUGCUGCAAACGGGCGUGCUGAAGUGUUUUCUGAAAUUACAAAGUAUAUUACAAACAUUGACGUAGAGGAUGAUAAUUAUCAAACUCCACUUCAUGUGGCUUGCCUGAAUGGUCAUAAAUCUACUGUUAUCAAGUUGCUGGAGCUAGAUGCAAGUAUUGAGAAGGAGAGUGCUCAUGGCUGCACACCAUUAUAUUUUGCUGCAGCCCAUGGUCACGCUGAAGUAGUACAGGAGCUUAUUCAACGCUAUGCCACAAUACGAUCUACAAAUGAUGGUGAAUCACCAAUAGAUGUUGCUCUGAAGGGUGGUCAUGGAAAAGUGUGCUACUUGCUUGCAAUGAAAUUUCCAAAUGUGUUGGGAGACAUUCUACAAAAGUGUUUGUCACAUGAUUUAGAACUGCCAAAGGUCUUGUCAGUUUUGUCGUUCCUAAUGUCUCAAGAUGUUUCCUAUCGGAAUUUAAUUCUUCGUGUAUAUUCCGGAAGUCUUGUCGAUAAAGGCUUGAAACUUUUAAGUCCCUCCAGUGACUAUCAAGAAUCAAGUCGCCUUUUUUUAAGAAAUGUGAAGUUACUUAACCAUGUUAUGUCAUUUAAACCAAAACUAAAUGAAAGUGGUUCUACUAUGGAGCUCGUUAGAACGCGAACGAAUUCUAGUACUUCUAGAAAUACUCAAUCAUUUGAUCGUCACAAAGACUAUGUAUGUCCACCGAGCAAUCUUUCAGAGGUUGAAACAGUAUUAGAUAGCUUAUGGAUGUCCAUGUCAUCAUGGAUGUCAAUUUUACAAAGUGAGAUGGAGAGUGUGCCUAAAACGCCAAUCAUAGAUGAAGAGUCGCCAUCAUCAUCAUUAGCAGCAUCGGCAAAUGAGGCAUUUGAAUCUGAUACGUCUAAUAUUCACUCUUUCGCUACUCAUUUAAAAAGAAGUAGCACGUUCAAAAGGCAAUACUCAAAACACUCUGCAAGCAUUGAGAGGUUACGGUUGUCUCAGCCAGCCUUCGAGAUGACGUUAGAAAUCAAUGAAAACAAUAGAAAUAAAGGGACUGUUAACAACUCUGCACGCGAGAUGUUCGUUCGUUCCGACAGUUACCAUAAUGCAAUGGCUUCAACAAGUGACGACUUUGAGCGUGCUCUAUCACCAUCCGGCAGUUCGGUCAGGAAUGAACAAGAUCUGACAUUUAGAGAAAGUUUAUCAAGAAGAGAAUCAACUACUGAAGAUGAAAACUUUAAAAGCAUACCUUCGAAAUUAGAGAAUAAUAAAUCUACACAUAAAGGAGAAGACACUGCUGAUUCUCAGGUGAUUGAACUGACAGCUGAUCGUUUAUGUGCCAUCAUUCAAGGUUAUCAUAUGUACUGUCAAGCCGUUCCGGCCUGGGAGAAAAGUUGCAGAAACAAAGCAGUGUUUAACUCAUUUCUUCGUAAUAAUGAAGAAGUUUUGCAGUUACUUGUAUCAAGAAAGACACAGUUGUUAUUUGAACAGUUCAGCUUCUUGUUGGAUGAUGCAUUGUUAUUUCAAAGAUUUCUUCCUGCUAUUCACGCUCAACCAUUCAGUGAUCGUCAGAAAUGGUUUUAUGAAAGAUUGUAUGAUGAUAAGAAACGUAACAGUGCCAUCAUAGAUGAACAAAGUGUCAUCAACGUUACAAGAGACCUUUUAUUACAAACAAGUUGUCAAGAAUUGACAGAGAAGAAUCAAGACCACUUAAAGAGAAACGUAACAGUUCGUUUUCAUGGUGAAGAUGGGAUGGGUGCAGGAGUGACAAGAGAAUGGUUAGAUUUACUGGUAAAAGAAAUGUUAAAUCCCGAUUUUGCUUUGUUUACACUUUCAACAGAUGGUUCAACAUUUCAACCAAACUGCAACUCUUCCAUAAAUCCUGACCACCUGAGUUACUUUCAAUUUGCUGGACGAAUCAUGGGAAUCGCAUUGUAUCAUAAACAUCUGAUCACUGCUUACUUCACAAGAUCAUUUUAUAAGCAUAUACUAGGAGUUCCUGUUAGUUAUAGAGAUGUGGAAUCCAUUGAUCCAGAGUACUCGAAAAAUUUGCAAUGGAUAUUAGACAAUUCUAUUGAUGAGUUGGGUUUGGACAUCACAUUUUCUGUGGAAACAGAUGUAUUUGGACAAACACAAGAAGUGAAACUAAAAGAGGAUGGAAAUAAUAUUCUAGUUACUGACGAAAAUAAGUACGAAUAUGUAAACCGUGCUGCAGAUCUUCGCAUGACAAAGGCCAUCAAACCACAGAUUGUGGCUUUUCUAAAAGGAUUCAACGAAUAUAUUCCUCACUCGCUUGUAUCUCUCUUUAACGAAUACGAAUUGGAAUUGUUGCUCUCCGGUGUUCCUGAUAUCGAUGUAGAUGACUGGAUGAAAAACACGUCGUAUCAAGCUGGCUUUACUGAAAAUGACGAGACAAUUCAGAGCUUUUGGAAUGUCGUAAAAGAGUUCACACGCGAGGAGCAAGUUCAGUUGUUACAGUUUGUUACGGGAACGUCACGUGUUCCAUGGGGUGGUUUCUCCAAUCUUUCUGGAGCAACUGGGAGUCAGUUAUUCACAUUAUGUCGAGUUGAUGGCAAAACAAAUUUGCUUCCUACAACAAGCACGUGUUUCAACAUGUUAAAAUUACCUGAUUACAAAAGCGAAAAAGAACUCGAAAGCAAAUUAAGGAUAGCAAUUUCGUGUGGAAGUUUGGGAUUCGAAUUUACUUGAUUGAUGAUUGGAUAGUUUCAAGAACGAAAUAUUUUUUAAGAAGUCAUUGUGAUAGAAUAUAUAUAUGAAUUUUUAUUACGUUUUUGUUAUAAUUCUAAAAAUACGCAAUAGUUAUUUCUAGAGAUUGCUUUAUGUGUACGGAGAACUAACAAAUACGCAAAUCCAAUCUUUCAUACUUUUGAUGUAAGCUGCAAGCUUGCAAUAAUAGAUGCAAAAAUAAAAAUUCGUUUUUUUACUACUCUUUAAAAUAAACAUCUAAAAUUUAUCUAACACUACGCUAGUUCAUCUAAACAAAGUUUAUUUAAUUCUGCCAUGUCUGUAUUACCUAGGUUGAAGGCGGCAUUAGUAUACCAGAUUACCAUUAGUCCAAAUUUGACCCUUUUGUUGUCAAAGGUUACUGUUUAUAGAGUAAUUUUUCUAUUUUUCUUAGAUGCAUUUUUUACAAUUAAAUUUAUUCUUCCUAUAAUUUCAUGUUUAUUUAUUUUAAUUUUGUACAUUUAUUACGAUGUUAUAAAGUAAAAAAAGUUGAUGAAUGUUUUUA